AUGCCAUUUGGCUGUUUAACAAUCGGGGAAAAGAAGGAUUACAACAAUCCUUCGGACGUGACAGAUAAAUAUGAUCUGGGCCAGAUCGUUAAAUCGGAGGAGUUCUGCGAGAUAUUCAGGGCCAAGGACAAAACUACAAUGAAAAUGUACACGUGUAAAAAGUUCCUGAAAAAGGACGGGAGGAAAGUCCGCAAGGCUGCCAAAAAUGAGAUCCUCAUCCUAAAGAUGGUGAAGCAUCCCAAUAUUCUCCAACUGGUGGACGUCUACGAGACCAAGAAAGAGUACUUCCUCUUCCUUGAACUUGCAACAGGCAGAGAGGUGUUUGACUGGAUCCUGGAUCAAGGCUACUACUCAGAGCGAGACACCAGCAACGUGGUGCGCCAAGUGCUGGAGGCCGUCGCCUACCUCCACUCCCUGCGCAUUGUUCACAGAAACCUCAAGUUGGAGAACUUGGUUUACUACAACCGCCUGAAGCACUCUAAAAUAGUCAUCAGCGACUUCCAUCUUGCCAAGCUGGAGAACGGACUAAUCAAAGACCCCUGUGGGACGCCAGAGUACCUGGCUCCAGAGGUGGUUGGCAGACAGCGAUAUGGCCGACCUGUGGACUGCUGGGCGACAGGUGUCAUCAUGUACAUACUACUGUCAGGCAACCCUCCCUUCUACGAUGAAACCGAUGACGACGAUUAUGAGAACCAUGACAAGAACCUGUUCCGAAAGAUCCUAGCAGGCGAUUAUGAGUUUGACUCUCCAUACUGGGAUGACAUCUCUGAUUCAGCUAAGAGUCUGGUUGCUCGUUUGAUGGAGGUGGAUCAAGACCAGAGACUGACAGCCCAGGAGGCUAUAAACCAUGAAUGGAUCUCUGGUGGUGCAGCUUCAGAUAAGAACAUCAAGGAAAAUGUGUGUGCACAAAUAGAGAAGAACUUUGCCAGAGCUAAAUGGAAGAAAGCCGUGCGGGUCACCACCAUCAUGAAGAGACUGCGAGCACCUGAGCAGAGCGAAUCGAAGGCGGCCACCCCCGCGGCCGGCGGCGCCCCAGCAGACCCCGCAGCUCCUCAGGCCGCCGCCAACCCCCCAGCGCCUUCAUCUGCCGCCGCGCCCGAGGGUGCCCCUGCCGCGGUCACAGAGCCCCCCGCCGGAGCAGCGAUAAGUCAACCGGCGCCAGAGGCCGGAGCCGGGGCGGCAGAACCAGCCGAAGAGCCGCAGCAGCCGAGCCCGGCGCCGCAGGUCGCCGAGCCCACAUCGCGUUGCAACGGGGAGGCUUCUGCCACUCAUCACACAGCUGCUGAGGCUGGGGAUGAGCAGGGUUAA